AUGACUGCUGUGUACGAGUCACUUGUACUAAAGCUUGCUGCCGUCUUAGAACUCGCGCAGCAAUCUGAGGCAGCACUGACUCCGCAAUCGAGACAGGCCCUCAUCCAAGCGACGAACGACUUCAAGGAGAGCCUGAGACAGGCGCGGGAGCUGGCGGACGCGCUGCCUGGUGGAGAGCUCUCCGUGGAAGAACAAGACGACGUGAUCGAGAUGCUGGAGCAGCUGAAGGCGAGGAAAAGGAAGCAGCUGGACGAUUUCUCGGCGAGUGUGGAUGCGAUCUCUGCCGAGGACAGCGUGAAUAUGGAGAUAGACUCGACGGCGUCCACACCGUCUUGA